CCGUCAAGUCCGUCAAGCGAUUACUUAAAAUCUGUCACCGCGCGUGACGCGCGCUUCGUUUGCCGGGCCAGGUGUGUGCCUUAUCGUCGAUUGCGGCCCGAUAGAGCGGCCUUGAAAGCCGAGAUACGCAGCUCUGCUCGGCGUCAACCACCAGCGGCACCAGCAGCGCGGAGACGGGCGGCGAAGCCGUGUGCCGGUCAACGUCCGGCCUUCCUUCCCGGCGGCCGUUGCACUCGUUUUCAAUGCCAGGUGAACGUCCUCGGCGGCAAACACAAGGAGCCGUUCCGGAUUUCUGGGCAAUGGGGUCAGCCGCGUUUCUCCGGUGCCAGUGACCCAGUGCGCAUCCUGCGCGGUCAUCGCUCUCGCGCUGCGACGCCGCCGGACGGGACCCGGGCCCGGGAGUUGGUCCUUCCCCCUCUCCCGUCUCGAGAGGGAGAGGGAGAGAGAAGGGGGUAGCCCCGGUCUAAACUUGAAAGUUUCGGGAGUGGAGAGGGCCUUCUUUGGGGCAGUGGGAAAGCCGGGCGGCCCGGAUGGAGCGGGUCAAGUCGCGGGAAGGAAAGCGCAGCAGCGCCCUUUCUCCGCCCGGCGGCCCGUUGGCCCCGAUGUACCGUUAGUCGCGCUCAGUCCGUCGAACAGGACGACCGCGCGCCAGGACUGCUCUUGCUUCUAACGGCGCAGCACUGGCAAGGUUCAGGCAUCUGCUGCAGCGCUCCAUGGCGGCAGCCGGCCCCGGGCCCGAAGCCCAGACGCCGGAGCCGCCCUCGGAGUCGCCGCCCAACAACGACCACGAGUCGACGCCGAUUGCCGCGGCGACGCCGCCGACGGAUGAAGAGGACGAGGGCCCUCCCCCGGCGGCGGUGCCCGAGCCCCCUCCGCAGCCUCAGCCUCAGGCGCACCAUCGCGCAGGUGAGCCCCGGCCUCCGGCAUCGGGCGCUGGCAAUUGGCCGCUUCCUGAGCUGGGCCGUUUCCUGCUUGCGGGGCCGCCCAGCAGCAACGAGCCGCUUCCUGCGGCCGGCGGCCGCGGCUCCUCUUGUCGCGCAGCAGCCGCAGCCAUGGAGAGCAACAUCACGCUGUGGCAGUUCCUGCUCGAGCUGCUGCUGAGCCAGCGCUACAGCCACAUGAUCACCUGGACCAACGAGGACGGCGAGUUCAAACUGGUCAACGCCGAAGAAGUGGCGCGCCUCUGGGGGCUCCGCAAGAACAAGCACAACAUGAACUACGACAAGCUGAGCCGGGCGCUCCGCUACUACUACGACAAGAACAUCAUCAAGAAGGUGCUGGGCCAGAAGUUCGUCUACCGCUUCGUCUCGUUCCCGGAGAUCGUCAAGACGGAGAACAAGAUCCCGUUCCACGUCAAGAUGGAGAGCAUGGCGCAGGCGCCGCAAGACCUCAGCGUCAAAGGUCGUGAGCGCAAGCGCUCGCUCUCCGACGAAGACGAGCCGGCGGCCGACGACGUCUCGUCCACGAGCAGCGGAGGUGGCAAGCGGGCGAGGCCCGAGUCCGACACCGACUCGUGCCCGUCGCCCGGCAGCGGAGCCGGUGCCCCGUGCCUUUCCCCGUUCCUGGCGGCGGCCGCCGCUCACCACCGCGGCAAGUUGACGCUGCCCUUGUACCCUCCGUUCACGGCGACACGUCCCUUCACCCUGCCGCCGUUCCCGCCGCUGGGGCCGUUCGUCCCAUAUUCGCCGUUCGAGCCGCAGCUCGUCUUCUCGCCCUCCGCAAAGUCCAUCUCAGUGCUGCAGUGACACCCAAACCCGAGCGCUGGACGCCGGGCAGUGCUGCCGCCGAACUAUCAUCCCCGUUUAUUAUUAUUAUUUUUUUUUUCCGUGUACAGUUUAUUCAUGUGUGUGGCUUCCGCUCUGUAGUGCAGACGCCGCGGAAAAUAAAAGCUAUAAAGGGGCGCGCCCCCUGCCGGA